UUUCAUUCAUCAGUAGGGGCGGAGCCAGGGCGGGGGAGCAAGGGGAAGCUUACCGGAGUAGAGAAGCACUCUGACGGCAGCAAGUUCUGGGAAAAAGCGAGGCGCCGGUUGCGGCCUUCCCUGUCAAAUCUGGAAAUGGGAGAAACAGCUUCAGAGAAGGUAAAUUUGGAAAAUCUGAGGGAGGAAGGGAACAAGCACUUUAAAUGUGCAGACUACAAAGCAGCGUUAUCUUGUUACACAAAAGCAAUCAGCCUCUCGACUGACAAAAAUGACACCGCUAUUCUAUACAGGAACCGUGCAGCCUGUUACCUGAAACUGGAAGAUUAUUCUAAAGCAGAAGAUGAUGCAUCAAAAGCUAUUGAGAUAGAUGGAGGUGACGUGAAGGCAUUGUUCAGACGUAGCCAGGCCUCGGAGAAUCUGGGCCGGAUAGACCAGGCUAUCCUAGAUAUUCAGCGAUGCCUGUCACUGGAGCCCAAAAACAAAGCCUUUCAGGAGGCACUGAGAAAACUGGGAAUCCGAGCGCAUGAAAAGGUUCGACUUAUGGGCUCUACAGACUCCAAAGUGGACCAGAUGUUUAAGAUCCUAUUGGAUCCAAAUGAAAAGGACACUGAAAAGCAACAAAAGGCAGCCCAGAAUUUGGUUGUCUUGGCACGAGAAGACGCAGGGGCAGAAAAGAUCUUUCAGAGUGAUGGAGUUCGUCUUUUGCAGCGCAUGGUGGAUACUAAGAAGCCUGACAUGAUAUUGGCUGCUCUGAGAACAUUGGUGGGACUUUGUACCGGUCACCAGUCCCGAGCCAUGGCUAUUCUCAGUGUUGUGGGAAUGGAGACGUUCUGUUCAGUGAUGGCUGCGGACAAUGAGCCCAUCUCUCUUGCAGCGUGCAGUGUCCUGCAUGCCAUGUUCGAUGCAUUAAAGGAAGGCAUGAAAAAGGAUUUCCGAGGGAAAGAAGGUGCAGUUGUUUUGGAUCCCUCCAAAGAGUUGAAAUCCAUGAUCCAUCAUCUUCUGGAAAUGCUGACCCAACCUAAAGUGUCGUCACAUGGCAGGGAGAAUGCUUUGAAUCUACUAAUUAAAGUUGUCCCCCGAAAAUCACUACGUGAUCCAGACAAUGGAAUGACUUUGUGGGUCAUUGAUCAUGGAUUAAAUAAAAUUCUCGAAGUGGGGGGUUCUCUUGUGGAGGUUCCAGGGAGUUUUGCUGUCACAGACACAACCAGAAUGAGCGCAUCUGUGCUCCUGAGCAAGCUUUUUGAUGAUCUUAAAUGUGAGGCAGAGCGCGAGAACUUCCACAAGCUCUGUGAAGAGUAUGUUCGGAGCUGGUUUGAAGGGCAUGGACUGGAUGGAAAACUGCGUGCAAUACAGACUGUGUCAUGCCUUUUGCAGGGACCCUCUGAUGCUGGGAAUCGAGCCCUUGAACUUUCUGGUAUAAUGGAAAGUAUUAUAGCUCUUUGUGCCUCCGAACGAGAGAUUGAUCAACAGGUUUCAGUAGAGGCACUAAUCCAUGCUGCUGGCAAAGCUAAGCGAGCCUCUUUCAUCACUGCCAAUGGUGUUACACUACUGAAGGACAUUUACAAAAGGAACGAGAAUGGUGCAAUUCGUAUUAGAGCCCUGGUGGGUCUGUGUAAGUUGGGAUCCGCGGGAGGAACAGAUUUCAGUAUGAAACAGUUUGCUGAAGGAUCCACACUGAAGCUAGCAAAACAGUGCUGCAAGUGGUUGUGCAAUGAGACUAUUCAGCCGAGCACACGGCGCUGGGCUGUGGAAGGCCUGGCUUACCUAACGUUUGAUGCAGAUGUUAAAGAAGAGUUUGUUGAAGAUAAGGCUGCCUUGAAUGCAAUGUUCAAUUUAGCAAAGUCAGAAGACAAGACCGUGCUUUUUGCAGUUGCAUCUACCCUUGUGAAUUGUACGAACAGCUAUGAUCGUGAAGAGAUUAAUCCCCAAAUGCUGGAACUAGCGAAGUAUGCCAAGCAGCAUGUUCCAGAGGAACAUCCAAAGGAUAAGAAAGAAUUUGUUGAGAUACGGGUUCACAAGUUGCUGGUGGCUGGAGUGGUGUCUGCUUUAUCCUGCAUGGUGAAAAAUGAAAGUCCAGCAUUAACAGAUUCCUCCAGGGAACUGAUAUCGAGGGUCUUCUUGGCUUUAGUGGAAAAGGCUGAAGACAGAGGAAAUGUUGUUGCCCAAGGUGGAGGAAAGGCUCUGAUACCUCUGGCUUUGGAAGGUUCAGAUAUUGGCAAGACAAAAGCAGCUCAGGCGCUGGCAAAAAUCACCAUCACCUCAAACCCAGAAAUUGCCUUUCCAGGUGAAAGGAUUUACGAGGUUAUCCGGCCUCUAGUCAGUCUGCUCCACCUUGAUCGAACAGGACUACAGAAUUUCGAGGCAUUAAUGGCACUAACAAAUUUGGCAGGGAUCAAUGAGAGACUAAGGAGUAAGCUCAUUAAGGAGAAGGCUGUACCAAUGAUAGAGGGCUAUAUGUUUGAAGAGCAUGAAAUGAUUCGAAGAGCCGCAACUGAGUGCAUGUGCAACAUGGCCAUGAGUAAAGAGGUGCAAGACUUGUUCAUGGCAGAGGGAUCGGAUCGCCUAAAGUUAAUGGUGUUAUACAGCGGCGAAGAUGACGAGCAGUUACGCCGUGCUGCAUCUGGCACACUAGCCAUGCUGACUUCCACGGAUCCAGAGAUCUGUCGAAGGAUUCCACAAGUGACUGCUCACUGGUUGGAGAUUCUCCAGGCCCUGCUUCUUAGCGAGAACCUAGAAUUGCAGCAUCGUGGAGCAGUUGUUGUUCUUAAUAUGAUUGAGGCUGACCGGGAGUUGGCAGAGAAGCUAAUGGAGAGUGAAAUGUUUGAAAUCCUAACCGUGCUAUCGAAUAAAGAGGAAGAAGAGAAGACCAAGGCAGUGGCCAGAGCAGCCAAAGAAUGUUUGAGCAAAGCAUUGGACUAUGGUUUAAUCAAACCCAAUCUGUCUCCAUAGUCAGAUUGAAGAGCUGUAACUCUCCAAGGAGUGAAACAAUGUUUCCCUCCUCUUUAGGGCAAAAGACCUCACUUGCAUUAUUAGCAAAGGUUUGCUAAAAUUUAUACAACCUUAUCCGACCAAGUACAUCAGAAUUUUUAUUUUUUUUAGGCUUACUUUCUUCAGUUGAAGGAGGUAGGUUGUGCAAGAAAGCAC